GGAGCGAGCGGACUUGUGUGGAUGCUUGGCGAGAGCUCUGCGACCGCCUUUCCCCUCUGCGAACAAGUUUUCCCGAGUAAAGUUUUACCGAAACGACUUGGACUGACAUUGAACUGCAACGGGGAUGGAGGCACCUAACGCCUGCUUGUGGUAUUUGCUGAUCAGCAUUUUAGGCGGUUGGACCAUUGGACUGGAGAUAACAUCCACGGGACCGACAUCCAUCGAGAAAGCCAGCGGUGAAACCGUAAAGCUAGAAUGCAUGUUUACUUUAAGCCCUGAGGAUUCUGGACCGUUGGAUAUUGAAUGGAGCCGUCUGUCGUCAGACAACCAGAAGGAAGACAAAGUGGUGAUCCUGUACUCGGGCGACAGGGCCUACGAGGACUAUCCCGCUAUGAAGGGGCGAGUACACUUCAAUUCAGCCGACCCCAAGAACGGAGAUGCCUCCAUCAACCUGACAGGCCUGAGGUCGUCGGACUCUGGCACUUUCCAGUGUAAAGUGAAGAAGGCUCCUGGCAUUCGUGGCAGAAAGAUGCUGCUGAUUGUCAUGGUUAAGCCAUCCAAGCCCAGGUGCUUUGCUGAAGGACAGACACAGGAGGGCAAAGACAUUGUUCUCCGGUGUACCUCCAACGAGGGCACCCAACCCAUGCAAUACGGCUGGGAGAAGACCAGUAAUGGAAAAGUGCUGCCUGCUUCCGGUGUGCUAGACCCAGUGGGAGGUACCCUUAAUGUGAGGAACGCAUCUGCCAGCGCAUCUGGCACAUACCGCUGCACCGCCACCAACCGGGUCGGAAGCGAGGACUGUAUACUCUAUCUCAAUGUCACGCCUCCUCCCAAUACCGCCGGCAUCAUCGCAGGAGCCAUAAUUCUUGUACUGCUGAUCCUCAUCAUUAUCGCCAUCAUACUCUUCUGCUGUUGCCGUGCCCGACACAGGAAGAAGUAUGAGAAGGAAAUCUGCAAUGAGAUAAGAGAGGACGUUCCUCCCCCCAAGAGUCGCGUUUCAACGGCGCGCAGCUUCACAGUGGGUAGCCAGCGUUCCUCUCUCGGCUCCAUGUCACCUUCCAACCUGCACGAGUACGCCCUGAAACCCCAGUAUGACAAGAUCCCAUCGUCGGAGGAAGACAGACCUCCGAGCCACACCCCUUUGCCCCCACCCACCGCUCCCAGGAUGGCGGGCCCCAACCUCAGUCGCAUGGGGGCCAUCCCCGUCAUGAUCCCUGCCCAGAACAGGGACGGCUCCAUCGUUUAACGUGGCCUCCUCUUGCAGAGGGGACGGCAAGACCAAGGGGAGGGACCAGAGCAAGGGAGUGGGGGCAAAAGCCACCUAAGAUGAAGCUGGAGUUUCAAAUGAGACAAAAUGAGAACUUACUCCUCCAAUGAAGACCUGACUGCUGUGGUGCUGAGAAGAGAAAUUUGCCGAAGUCACGCCAGAGCACAUAGACUUUUUUUUUUUUUUUUUAAAUCACAAUUUAGAAACAUUUAUCUAAUGAUUUAAUGAUACUGUAUGUUAAGAACAGAUCCAGACUAUCUGUACAGCAGUAUGAAUGCAUGUGUGUAUAUGUCUCUGUGUGUGUGUGUGGUGAGAUGAACAGUUCAGCGCGACAGGAUUCGUACCUCGGACAAAUUUGGUUGCCGAAUGGGAUCUCUGAGCAAAUGUGUCAUUUUUAUGUUAUGAGCAAUUUUGGCUUCAACUGUUUGUUUAUGUUUAUGCCCGCGUUUGUAAAAUGUAGAGCUCAUUUGUUUUCUUCUACUGCCUACACAAUUCUAUUAUGUUGUUAGCAAGUAAGUUUUUGCUAACAUUUAAUUAAGACGAAAUGAGAUGCUCUCACCUUUGGAAAAAAUUACAAUUGUGAUCAAAUGAUCUCAAUCUGUUAUAUUAGCGAAGCCCCCCCCAGUUUCAAAUGUCCCAUCUGGGAUGAGAAGCAUAACAAUUGAUGAUUGGAGGGUUUGUGCAUUGUGAUUGGCUGGAUUACCGUGUCUCGAACAGGCUUAAAAAACAAUAAGUACCCCCCCCCCCCCCCCCCCCCCCUACACACACACACACGCAUUUACCUCCUCAAAAGGGGGCAGCUGGACAACGGGCUUCACUGAGCAAUUAGCUUUGAAUAUGUUUGACGGCCAAAGGACCACAACUCCUCUGGCCACCACACACACACACGCUAGAUGUAUUAACAGCCCAACGUUCAUUAUCAUCUGUUGCAGUAGUAGCCCCCCCGCCCCCCCAUCUGUGCCAGAGAACACAUAAUCCUCCUUCUGUGAGGUUGCAUUCCAAAGAGCCAGCAUCUUGAUUAACCUUCUCCCCACGCUCAAUAUGAAACCUGUCAUGGCUUCUGUAGCGUGAAUUGAAAAUGUUUUAAUGAAGCAACAUUCCCACUAUAGCGUGUGAUAAAAUAACAGCAGCCACUUCAUAAUAAAGCCCCAAUGCAACUAUGUACUGUAUCUUCAUGCCAGAUGAAAACGAAGAAAAUAAAGGGGCCAUUAUUCUUUUCGGAAAGUUGGAAUACACAAGUGGGGAAAUUGUUUACUUUGUGCUCCAGAGCCUUACUCGUUUUCAUUUUGACUGCUGGCUUCUGUUGUGCCUUGUCUUGGUUGUAGCACAUCCACAGCACUGUGGUCGUUUGCAUCGUCCUGGAUGGCCGUUGUAGUCCACAAAAUGUUCUUCUCUCCACUACUGAUGUUGUCACGCCAAUGAGUGUCACAUUUCCACUGUCUUAAGAAAGUUUAUUUCAUUUGCAUUUACUUUCCUAUACUUCAUUGUGUAUUUUUGCUAGGUUCAUUUUUUUUUUCUGUCUAAGAAGUCGUGGUUGUAUUUUGUCCAAGUAUUUGUGUCUAAUAAUACCAGCUGUAUGAGUGAUGCUCUGCUGUGCUCGACGAAUCGGUUAUAGUACAAAUGUGUGCGAGUGUGUUAUGUGUGUGUUUUGCAGUCUGAAUGUGAACCAUCGUAGAAUUCUAGAUUCAAACUACGGAGGUCUCAGCGGGUAGUCCCUCAAUAAAUACGCUCACAACUUUGCAUAAUAUUAACAAUAUUAACUGUAGUUUUUUUUUAUUUUACUAAUAUUAUAUGAAGAGCUCCUUUUCAGUUUUGCACUGUGUAUGAAAUCCAAUUAUCCAUUUUUUUGUGUGUGUAUUUUUGUGCUGUAUUUUUGGAAUAAAUAAAGUCCCUCUGGACAUGCAAAAAAAAAAAAAGAAA